AUGGCUCCAGUACAACCGCCGUCGGCAAGACCGAUGCCAACAUCGACAGAACAGUAUGGGCUUAUCGAAGAGGAAUUCGCUGACAAUCCUUUCCAACUUCUAAUCGUUUGUAUUUUCCUGAAUAAGACUCGUGGAAAGCACGCCAUACCUGCAGCCCGACGCUUCCUUUCACAGUUUCCAGAUCCGGACGGACUCGCACGAGCCGAAUACAAGGAGACCGUGGUAUUCUUCGAGAGCCUGGGAUUGCCUCACCGAGCACAAUGGGUUAUUGACUUGGCAAAUACCUGGUUAUUGCAGCCGCCGAAAGCCGGUGUUGUGCAUCGCAAAUGCUAUAAAAAGGAGGUCACCUGUGAAUCGGAGGUGGCUCACUUGACGGGAGUCGGGCAAUAUGCUAGUGAUGCUUGGAGGAUCUUCUGCAAAGAUGAGCUCUAUCGACAAGCAGGGUUCCCUGUCGACAUACCAGAGUGGACGAUCGUUAAGCCAAAGGACAAGGAACUCCGCGCCUACCUUACCUGGAAGCGGAAUACCUCUAAGAAGCAGACACUGGUCAUGGAAAAUCAAGAAGCGGAAGGGCUGUUGGCGGAUUUGAACAGACUGUCACUCGGGGAUUCUGUCAAACCUAUUCAGGCCGAAUCCUCUCACGCCUCCGUGUAUGCUCAAACUUUCUCUACUGUCACUGGAGAACCAUACACAGAGUAUGCCGAAGCAUUCUUCGUGGACGAUUCGCACACAAGUCAAACAUUCUAUGUCGAGCCUCAUGUAGCUCACAAACAGCCAAUAAUCACCAUCGAUCACAGCAAUCCCGCCGCGAUCUCUCCAUCCCUGCAGCGGCUCGCCAAGACCAAAGCCGGGGGCACCUGUCUCGCCUGGGAAAGGAGUGGUAGCGCAGCCGCCUAA